AUGACUGGCCAUCGUGAACCAACUGUUGUGGGAGUGGCCAACUUCAAUGCAGCUGAGGAUGCAGCGGCUUUGAGAGCUGCCAUGAAAGGCUUCGGCACAGAUGAGCAGGCAAUCAUUGACAUCCUCACAACACGCUCCAAUGCACAGAGGCAGGCCAUCUCGCAGGCAUUCACACAUGAGUAUGGCAGGGACCUGAUCGACGACCUCAAGUCGGAGCUGGGCGGGCACUUCGAGGACGUCAUCGUGGCUCUGAUGCUCCCGCCGGAGGAGUACCUGUGCAGGGAGCUUAACAAGUGCAUGGAGGGGCUCGGCACCGACGAGCACGUCCUCAUCGAGAUCCUCUGCACCCGCACCAAGAAGGAGAUAGCCGACAUCGUGCAGGCCUAUGAGAGACUGUACAACCGGCCCUUAGCUGAGCACAUGUGCUCAGAGACCUCCGGCGACUUCAGGCGCUUGCUGACCCUCAUCGUGACAGGCGCUCGAGACGAGGAGGCUGCGGUGGACCCCGCCAGGGCGGCCGAGUGCGCGCAGCAGCUCUACGACGCGGGCGAAGCCAAGUGGGGCACCGACGAGGAGGUCUUCAACAAGAUCCUGGCCCACGAGAGCUUCGCCCAGCUGCGCCUCAUCUUCGAGGAGUACAAGAACAUCUCCGGCCGCACCAUAGAGCAGGCCAUCAAGGCGGAAGUGGACGGCGAGCUCAAAGAGGCCUACUCGGCCAUCGUGGAGUGCGUUCAGGACGCGGCCGGCUGGUUCGCCGCUCGGCUGAGGGGGGCCAUGCAGGGCCUCGGCACCGACGACUCCACCCUCAUAAGGGUGCUCGUCAGCCGCUCCGAGCUGGACCUGGGCGCCGUCAAGCGCGAGUAUGAGCGGCGCUACGACAAGACCCUCGAGAGCGAGAUCAGGGUACGUACCGUAGCACAUCCGGCCCUACGCCCCGGCGAUAAGAGAAAAGGUAUUCGCGGGGCGACCGCGGCGCGCAGACCCUUGCGGACGAGGUGCGCGCGUGCAGCGGCGGGUCUUGUUACAGUGGAGUGCGUGGAGAACGCGGCCGCGUGGUUCGCCCGGCGGGUGCGCGCCGCCACGCAGGGCGUCGGCACGGACGACCCCUGCCUGGUGAGGGUGAUAGCGACCCGCGCCGAGGUCGACCUCGCCGCAAUCAAGCGCGAGUACGAGCGCAUCUACGACAAGACCCUCAGCAGCGACCUCGAGCAGGGCGAGACCUCGGGCGACUACAAGCGCGCGCUCGUAGCGCUGCUCGGGCCAGCG